AGUAGCUAAUAAAAAUACGUAUGAAGACAAACUAGAAUUAUUGAAACUUUAGUUCUGUAACGCAUGCAGUAAACAAUAAGCAUUAAAAACCAAUUACCUCGUCAUACGAAAUCAAUUACUAUACAUAUUCAAAUAUGUUGCACAAGACAUCGAGUCUCCUUUGCAUUCUUAGUAUCAAUGCAAUGAUCAUUUUGUUACAUGGGCACUCAAAUUAUGAGAGUUUUAAUAACAAUGAUAAUAGCAAGUCAAAAUUAUCGAAAUUACGAGAUCGAGCUAUUGAUAUGGAGAACUUCUCAAAGAACCAACAUUGUUCAAAUAAAAAAAUACUGGACACCACGCCUAAAUCCGGUGAUAUAUUUGAUUUUAUAAUAAUUGGCGCUGGUACGGCUGGCAGCACAACAGCAGCAAGACUGAGCGAAAUUUCUCAGAACAAAAUAUUGCUGAUCGAAGCUGGAUCUUACGAGAACUUUUUCAUGGACAUUCCUAUAUUCGCUCCCAUCUUAACUUUAGAUAAUAACAUCAAUUGGAACUACAAAACUAAACCGUCCAACAAAUACUGUCGUGGCAUGAAUGGUAAUGUAUGCCUUUGGCCAAGGGGAAAAGUAGUCGGUGGUAGCAGUGCGACAAACUUCAUGUUAGCUGCUAGAGGCGGAGCCGAAGAUUACGAUCGUUGGGCAGACAUGGGGAAUGAAGGCUGGGCUUACAAGGACGUCCUUAAAUAUUUUAAAAAAUUGGAAACAAUGAAUAUUCCGGAGCUGAAGUCGGACACUACUUAUCAUGGUACUGACGGACCAGUACAUAUCACUUAUCCAUUAUAUCGAACCCCAUUGUCAGAAGUCAUUCUAGAAGCUGGUAAGGAAAUAGGAUAUCCGAUAGUAGAUUACAAUGGGAAAAACAUGAUAGGAUUCUCACAUGUGCAAGCUACAAUCAUGAACGGCACUCGCAUGAGCAGCAAUAGUGCAUAUUUACAUCCUAUACGCAAUCGCAAAAAUUUUUAUAUGACUCUUCAGAGUAUGGUAACCAAAAUUUUGAUAGAUAACACGAAGCGCGCAGUCGGUGUGGAAUUUACCAAAGAUGGUCAAAAUAUCUCCGUGACAGCAAGAAAAGAAGUGAUUCUGUGUGCGGGUGCCAUCGGAUCACCGCAGUUGUUAAUGCUAUCUGGUAUCGGACCAGAGAAACAUCUUAUUGAAUUAGGCAUUAAAGUUUUCCAAAAUGCGCCAGUCGGCGAAAAUCUCAUAGACCAUCUAGGCUAUUUUGGAUUGCAGUGGAUAACAAAUGCAUCGAUAGGUUUAACAACAUCUGAAGUGUUCAAUCCUUUUAAUCCGUACAUGUCUGAAUUUUUUAUAAAUCGAACGGGACCAUGGACGACUUUGGGUUUGGCCGAGACCCUCGCUUAUGUCAAUACAAAACAUCCAGAUAAACAAAGCGGUCUACCCGACAUAGAAUUAUUGUUUACUGGUAUUCAACCCAUAAAUUUUAUUGCUCCAAUUUUGAUAAAUUUGAAAGAUCCUCUAUCUUUAUGGAUCAAAUAUGGUGAAUAUCACAGCUGGUCUGUUCUGGUAGGAUUGUUGAAACCAAAAAGUCGUGGUAGGAUAACGUUGUUGGCUAAUAACGUCAAUGUGAAACCAAAGAUCGUACCAAAUUAUUUAAAUGAUUCAGAUGACGUCAGGACGAUGAUCGCCGGAAUUAGAACUGCGUUAAGAAUUGGUGAAACAAAGGUGAUGCAAGCGUUUAAUUCUCAAUUAUUAAACGUGACUAAUAUGGAAUGCGACAAGUAUGAGUAUGACUCUGAUGCUUAUUGGGACUGCAUGAUAAGAAUUAUGUCUUCCACACUUUUUCACCCUUCCGGCACUUGUAAAAUGGGACCUCGUGGAGACCCAACUGCUGUCGUCGAUUCCAGAUUGAAGGUGAUUGGUAUUGAAGGAUUACGAGUAGUAGAUGCUUCCAUCAUGCCUGAAAUUGUAUCAGCACCCAUAAACUUACCUGUUUAUAUGAUUGGUGAAAAAGCAGCAGAUAUGAUCAAAGAAGAUUGGAAAUACUAAGAGAAGUUGUGACAAUAACAAAGUUAUAUAAAAAUAACCCAAUAAGUAUGUCAUUUUUUAGUGUAAAACACAAUAAGUAUUGUGUUACUUUCUUUGACAGUAGUGACACCCUAUGGGGCAAAUGGUGACAAUUACAAAAUACAUAAUUCUUAAUUCUUA